AUAAGAGCUCCUACUUUUUUAACCCUAAAUAAGACUUAUUUGCACCUGGACGGACAAAAAUAACCCCAACCCCCUUACUCAAUCGGGAUCCACCGACUUCGGCCGUAUUCCGUCGUCUCUGCCUCACGUACUCCACCUUCUCUGUAGAGAUUCACCCUGGCCGAAGCCAUCCUUUUCGUCGACCUCCAGUUGGACACUCCAAUUUUUUGGGUGUUAACCGCCGGUCUGCUGCUAAUCAUCGCCAUAAUAUAUGCCGCUGGUCGUCGUUCGGUGAAGUUGUUGAUGCCCAGAUCUAUUUGCUUUCUUCAUCUGUUUUGAUUUUCCAUUCUUUGCGUGAAUUGCAAAUGCCCAGAUCCAUUUGUUUUCUUCUUUUUCGAUUUCCCUUUCUUCUUCGUUUUUUUGUUUCCUUUGUUUUUUGUUGUUUUGAAUUUCCAUUCUUUGUUUCUCUCUAUUCUCAUUUGGUUUUCCUUUCUCUUUUUGUUCACUUUUUCUAUUUUCAUUUACUAUGUAGUAGCAGAUUCUAGAUUCGUUUAUACUUAAUUUCCUUAGAAGGAUGAUGUUUUAGCCAAAAUAAGCUAAACUCAGAAUAAUAAUUAGAUGGGAAUCGUACAAAUACGAAUUAUGGGGAUUUGAUCAAGAACCGAAAUAAUCCAAAGAAUGAACAAUCAGUAAGUAGUAUUUGCUUGGAUCUUCAUGAAUAUGUGUGAAGGAUAAAAACAGUGUGUCCUCCCUUACAAGAGCUCAUUCGUAUAUAUAUACAUCAAGUCUAGAAUUACUUGGAUUUGCUCAGCCGUUUCCAAGUGGAAUAUCGGCCAAGAGUUCAAAUUCAUAACGAUGACAUUCUUUUCGGACACCCGUCAUCAUCAUGAAUUGGGGGCAAUUGUUGGGCCCGGAAAUUACUUAGCAAAUUGGGCCAACGUACCUUCUAAGCAGCCAUGAGAAGCCCAUCGGCGGGGGUGGUCAAUGUGCCAUCCAACUAAAAAUGGAAAGAAUAUUUGAAAGAAAGAGAAGUCCAAGACUUGGGGGAGAAGGCUCCUACCUUCCCUAAUUAAGUGAGACAUAUAUGGAAAGAGCAUAUCUCAUGCAUCGUACAAGGAUUAUUAUCAUUAUACUAUUAUUACCUACUUUAAUGAUGAUGAUUCACAUUCCUUAUAUAAUUCUAGACUUGAUGUAUAUAUAUACGAAUGAGCUCUUGUAAGGGAGGACACACUGUUUUUAUCCUUGACACAUAUUCAUGAAGAUCCAAGCAAAUACUACUUACUGAUUGUUCAUUCUUUGGAUUAUUUCGGUUCUUGAUCAAAUCCCCAUAAUUCGUAUUUGUACGAUUCCCAUCUAAUUAUUAUUCUGAGUUUAGCUUAUUUUGGCUAAAAAAAUUUGGCGCCGUCUGUGGGAAAUUCGUGCAAAAAAGAAUAGAUCAUGGCCGAAAGCUCUAACGCCUCUAGCAAAAUCGAUCUACAGUAAUCUCUCUUCCCAUCCUAGAGAACACCAAAUCGAUCUUCUGAGUUUCAUAACUAGGAUGGGAAGAGAGAUUACUGUAGAUCGAUUUCGUCGAAUUAAUCUUCGAACCAGAGAAGUCCAGACCUGCUGCCACUCACAUCAGUCGGCGUUCUACACUUCGCCGGAAUGUUGAAUCGGCUAAUUCGUCGGAAAGCUCGAUUCCAAGUCUAGCCCUGCGCGGCUGCGCCAUCUGGCAUCCCCGUGUCUGCUGGCUGAGUCGCGGUCUUCUUAUUUUCAGGUAUGUAUUUUACUUUUAGCUUUAUUUAUGUUGUAUUUUAUUUAGUUAGGAUUUAUGCCUCUAUCUAGAAUAUGAGAGUUUUGUUGUGAUUUGUGAAUUUAGAAAGAUUGCUCCCUAGACUUUUGGAGUUUAAUUUUUGUGGAGUUGCUGUUGUGAAUUCUAAAUUCAACUUUAGUUUGAGGAAUUGUGAUCUGUUAUUUCAUGUGAAUAUUGUUGUUUGUUUUAGUUCAGAUUUAGAGCUGUAGUUCGAUAGAGUUCUAGUGCUUAUAAAUUGUGAAUUCUGAAUUCUGGAAUAUGAAGAUAGAGGGACUUAAUGAAUUGUGUGGAAAGUGCACCUUAAAAGGAAGAAAUGAGAAGAAUCUAAGCAGGUACAUGGCGGGAUCAACAGUGUAGCUGGAGGAUGUCUCAAGUGAAACCAUCAUGUCGGAGCUCCUCCGCCAUCUUAAGUGUUCCACCAAGCCUGACAAGCGCCUCAUUCUCAUCAGCCCACCUGAAUCUGGAAAAGGUACUCAGUCACCCAUCAUUAAGGAUGAGUACUGUUUAUGCCAUUUGGCCACCGGUGACAUGCUUAGAGCUGCUGUUGCUGCCAAAACUCCUCUUGAAAUUAAGGCCAAGGAAGCCAUGGACAAGGGUGAACUUGUUUCGGAUGACUUAGUUAUUGGGAUCAUUGAUGAAGCAAUGAAGAAACCCUCAUGCCAAAAAGGGUUCAUUCUUGAUGGCUUUCCCAGGACAGUGGUUCAAGCAAAAAAGCUAGAUGGAAUGCUUCAGAAGCAGGGUGCCAAAGUGGACAAAGUAUAUAUUGAAUUUUGCAAUUGAUGAUGCUAUUCUCGAAGAGAGGAUUACUGGUUGAUGGAUUCACCCUUCAAGUGGAAGAACUUAUCACACAAAGUUUGCACCACCUUAAGUUCGUGGAGUUGAUGAUGUCACUGGAAAACCUCUAAUUCAACCUAAAGAUGAUAUUGAUGCUGUUCUCAAGUCCAGGCUCGAGGCUUUUCACUGCCAAACAGAACCAGUUGUAGAUUAUUAUCCAAAGAAGGGUGUUGUUGCUAGCUUACAUGCUGAAAAACAACCAAAGGAUGUUCCAACAAAAGUUCAGAAAGUUUUAUCCUCCUAGAGAAGAAGCUCAUAACAAAACCUGCCUUCGUCUGCUUGUUGUUUGUCUCGGACUAAUGAUCAUUGGAAGGACAGUGUCUAUCUUUUUUAGUUCUUUUUGUUGUUUAUCCCAGCAAAUUGUCAACUUCUGAUGAGUUAGCAGAAGUGCACCAGUGUAGGAAUUUUUGCUAAAUAAUUUAAGAUCACCUCUGAAAAAAAGAGAAGAAUCUAAG